UUAUUACUUACAUUUUUCUCUUAACUCACCUAUUUUGACCCUGAAUGAGCUUGAAAUCAAGCUAAAAGGAUUUAAAUCUUACUUUUUAUGUUGUUACACACUUUGUGUUACACUGUAGUAUGGCGAUUGGUAAUAAAUGGUCUCUUUUUUAUUGGUGGGGUGGAAAGGGAAGGGACAAUACAGCACUGUGGAUCUGGUAUCUGGUUUCCACAGCAACCCAUAUUAAAUUACUCCGAGGCUUACAGGUGGUGGACUUUAAACAGAGGUGGAGGGACAGGUGACGCAGACCACAAGGAACUCUUUUCUUCCUGUAAAGAAACCAAGCAACUACAAAAAUGGCUAAAUUCUUCACACCAGUUCAAAUCAACGAGUUGAAAGAGUGUUUCUCCUUGUAUGACAAGAAGCAAAAGGGCAAGAUUGUUGCCAAAGACCUGAUCACAGUUAUGCGCUGCCUGGGUACAAGCCCCACAUUUGGUGAAAUUGAAAGACAUCUACAAGUUCACAAAAUCGGAAAGACAGGUGAGCUGGACUUCUCUACGUUUCUGAUGAUGAUGCACAGACAGAUGCAACAGGAAGACCCCAAGACGGAAAUCCUGGAGGCCUUGAGGAUGACGGACAAACAGAAGAAAGGACACAUCCAGGCAUCUGAGCUCCGGGCCAAGCUCACUAUGCUGGGAGAGAAACUAACAAACAAAGAAGUGGAUGAUCUCUUCAAAGAGGCAAAUGUCAAGUCAGACGGGACUAUCAACUACGAAGAGUUCACUCAGAUGGUGACGCUGCCUCCUGUGGAUUAUUGAUUUUUUCAGCCAUGAUGGAGUAUUGGCUUUUCAUACACUGAACUUAAGAAA